AUGGGGACACUGUCACAGUUCUGCUGGUGCCAGGACAUGCCCCUCACGGAGCCUAGGCCCCGCAUGGAUCAGUCGUGUCAAGGUGGUGGUUGGCAGCCCCCACACGCUGUCGUAGGCAAGUACCACCUGCUAGUGAAAAGUGGAAACAAACAUAUCUUCAAGUCUGAAGAAAACAUGUUGUACCCAUUUCUUUUCAACCCAUGGUGUAAGGAGCUGAGAGCAUUGGGCAUCCCAGCACGCAGCAUGACCACCUAUGAUUCAGCCCAUGACACUGAAAAUAGCCUCACGGUAGACACCUACCUGAACGAGACAGGCGCCAUCUCUAGCAUGACUGAGAUUCCAUCUGACACGUCUCUGCCCAUCAGAGUGUAUUCUUGCUCCCCUGAGGAGAGGGAGGUCAUGGACCAUGCCUUCUCCUUCCGCCGUUAUGAGAGCGAGUACAAACUACCCCAAAAAGAGGACCUUCUUUAGAUGUAUGCCCAGGCAGAUCCUGUGCUGCUGGGAAACCCUAUCAAGUUCACCAUCACUCUCAAAAGAAAGACAGACAGCUACCCCAAAGACUGUCACAUCUCGGGCUCCCUUGAACUGCAGACAUACACGAGUAAAAACGCCACCAGCCUGGGCAUCCUUCAUAAGACCACGCAGAGGCAAGGUCAAGCACCUGAAGAGACUCUGCCCUUGGACUCCAAUACCUACAUGGGCAGCCUGAUUGAUGAUGAACCAAUCAUCAAAAGUUUCAUAAUUGCAGGAAUUCUAGAGUCCAAGGAAACGACCGCCUCUCAGGAGUUUGCAUCUUUCCAGUACCCUGAGCUCCCUGUAGAGCUGCCUGACACAGGCAGAAUUGGCCAGCCACUUAUCGGCACUUACAUCUUCUAAAAUGCCCCGCACAUCCCUUUGACAGACACCAAGUCCUCUGUGGAAAGCCUGGGCGUCUCCCUGCUGCAGACCAUUGACCAAGGGACGGUGAAGCCAGGUGAGACCGUUAGAUUCCAAAUAAAAGGCAUCCCAACAAUAGCUGGACUUGAGACAUUUAUCAAGUUUAGUUCCAAUCAGGUGAAAGAGGUUCAUGCUGAGAAGACUGCAGCGUUGGGAGUGAUCGGAGAGCACCCCUACCCCUCACACCAGGCAGGCCCAUCCCAGGCCCUUACCCUGCUGAGCACUCCCAGCUCACACGCGUCCACCCCCAUCCCCGACCUGGUCCAACGUGGGGAGAGGGAGGAGGGGUCAGAGGACGGCAAGGCCAAGGGGGUGGUGUGA